AUGUGAUCAAAAUCCUCCAUUUUCUCGCUGUCUCCCAGAAAUCACAGCCGUGUUCUUCCCCAGUUUGCACCCGACGGUCUCCACAAAUCCCUUGCAAGCAGAACCAUGUGAAAAUUCUCAGUUCAUCUCCAUCUCCCAGCUGGUGUUCCUCCCAAUGGCCAAUCCCUUCUUUCUCAUCCCGGGAUCGGUUCCAUUUUCCACCUCCGUGAUGGUUAGAGUCUUUCUCCACCUGAGAUACUUAGAUGGAGGAGGGAUCUUAACAGCAUUUGGGUCCAAUCUUGGUCCAUCUUCCACCUUGCUGGAUCACCGCGACGGUGACCCUAUGGGCUCCAUCCACAUUGGUGACCCAAUGGGUGAUGGCCACGAUGGCAACCCAGUAGGUGAUGGUGACCCAGUAGUCGAUGGCCAUGGUGGUGACCCAGUGGGCGAUGGCCGUGAUGGUGACUCAAUGGGUGACAGUUGCAAUGGCAACCCCAUGGGCAAUGGUGACCCAAUGGGUGAUGGCCAUGAUGGCAACCCCAUGGGCAGUGGUGACCCAAUGGUCGAUGGCCGUGAUGGUGACUCAAUGGGUGAUGGUUGCAAUGGCAACCCCAUGGGCAGUGGUGACCCAAUGGGUGAUGCUUGCAAUGGUGACCCAGUGGGUGAUGGCCAUGAUGGCAACCCAGCAGGUGAUGGUGACCCAGUAGUUGAUGGUUGCAAUGGCAACCCCAUGGGCAGUGGUGACCCAGUGGUUGAUGGCCAUGAUGGCAACUCCAUGGGCAAUGGUGACUCAGUGGGCAUGACAUCAGUUGCCAUGAUGGCAACUCAGUAGAUGAUGGUGACCCAGUAGUCGAUGGCUGUGAUGGUGACCCAGUGGAGAUGAUGAUGGCCCAGUGGGUGAUGGUUGCGAUGGCAACCCCAUGGGCUCUGUCCAUGAUGGCAACCCAGCGGGUGCUUGCUGUGAUAAUGCACCUCAAAUGCUGUGUUAAGUGUGGGCUCCUCACUUCAAGGAAGGCACUGUGGCAUUGGAGUGCGUCCAGAGAAGGGCAGUGAAGCUGUGAGGGUUCUGAAAAACCAGUCUGAUGGGUAACGACUGAAGGAACUGGGAUUGUUCCAUCUGGAGAGGAGAGAAGGUUCCGACCGAACAUUAGGAAAAAUCUCUUCUCCAAAAGAGUGUUCAGGCAUUGUCACAGGCUGCCCAAGGCAGUGGCAGUGUCACCAUCCCUGGAGAACCGUGGCCGUGUGGCAUGGAGGGACGUGGUGGCAGUGGGUUGACUUGGUGACCUCCGAGUUCUUUUCCAACCUUAAUGAUUCUAUGGUUCUGUAACCCAGCGGUGCUCAUUGGUACAACCCCACACUUGGCAUCCUUGAGAGCUCGUCCCCCAGCCAAGGCCCAGUCCAGCUCGUUGGCAUAGCUGUGUGACAGUGGGAUUAACGAGCAUCCCCAGCUCCUGGCUGCAGUCGGAGAGGACAGCUUGUUAAAGGCUGACAGUAGCAAACAGUGAGAGGCUGAUCCCGAUGGCGAGAGGCUGAUCCCGCUGGUGAGAGGCUGAUCCCUGCUGAUCCCAACUGAGGCCUUUCUAUGGCAUUACAGCAUCCAAAAAUCCCUUUAGGUCUCCUCACGCUGCCAAUACAGCGAAUAGACAAGAGCUGAGCUCAGGACUCGCUGUUGUCACUUUUUAGUUGAUUGAUGAUUCAGUUGAUUUAGCAGUGGUGAAGCCACCGCGUGCCGGCAGGCAGAGGGAAAAAGUGGAUCAGGGUGUGGGAUUCAGGGUUUGGAGAAAGGAGGCGGCGAUGGGAAUUGGGAAUUGUGUUCAUGGCUGGUGAAACGGGGCCACUUUGAUGGGAGCUGCGCGCGUGCCGAGGUCUGCUGGAAGCUGGAAUAGGGAUGGAUCCAAACGAGAGGAGCUUGCAAAAGAGUCUGGAUGUCUUUCAAGCAGCCUGGAGAGAAACAAUCCUUUCAUUUGGCGCUGGACUCGUCCUCUGCUGAUGAGGAAAGUUUCAGCCACCCGCCCCAUAAAUCUUGCUUAAAGCUGGAUGGAGCAGCGAGGGGUUGAGAGAAUGGAUUUGCUGAGGGCCCUGAUAAGGAGAGGGUGGGGGAAAGGUUUUCAGCAGCUGGGAAUGGCCUCUGAAAAGGUGAAAGGGCUGAAAGGAGACCGUGUGCCUGCAGGCAGCGCUCGUUGGCACUUGGCUUUUGUGUUUCAAACAAAGCUCUGUGAUGGGAGAAAGGCAGGCGUGGAAACACCUCGGGGAGAAGAGCCCCGGGGCGUCCAUGGGGUAAAAGAAUGGGGCUUGGGGGAGUUUUGGGACUUGGGGUUGCAUUGCUAGGUUGAAUGGGAUUGGAGCUGUCGUGAUCAGAGCACAGCAGAGGAAGGAGCAUCUUCCUCCUGCUUUCUUAUCCAGCCCUGGGACCGGGCUGCUGAGAGCCCCGAAACCUCCAAACUCAAACUCUUGUAAGCUUUGGACAUCUGGACGCAGCCUGCAGCCUCUGUCAGCAGCCAUUUUGGGCUUCAAAUGAUGGAUUUUCACAUUUUAAACAGCGCUGCGGUCAGGAGAGCAGAGUUGGGUCGCCAUUGGGUCACCACCACCCGUUGGGUCGCUGUUGUGGCGAGACUCCAGCAAGGUGAAAGAUGAACCAAAUGGGACCCAAAAGCUGUUUGGGAUCCUCCUCCAACUGAGCGUCCCAUGGGGUGGUGAACCCGAAACACAGUGGGGUGGAAAAUGGGACCGGGGUGAGAAAGAAGAGAUUGGCCCUGGAGGAGGGGGAAAUGGAGACAAGAUGGGAAUAUUUGCAGGGCGCAGGGCUUGGGAUUUGCUUGGGAGGUUUUGGGGGGCACCGGCUGCAAAGUGGGGAAAGAACACAGUUGUGUUUUGGAAGGCAGCAGGAAAACACAGGGUUUUGACCACAGGAACAGCCCCGAACGAUAAUCACACCUCCGGUAAUUAGAAUACAUCUGACAACUCCAACGAGCCCUCGGACUCCAUCCGGUGGAUUUUCCCCCACUUCGAACAGGAGAAAACCCAAAGGAAACCCCAAAGCGAAUGCGUGUCCUCUGCCUCUGCGUGCUGGGAGGGGAGAGCAGCGCAGCGUCGGGUUCCGCACGGCCGUGCCAAGCCAAACACGCCACGCUGCUCGGCCGCUCGCGGCGCCAACCGCUGCUCCCCGCGCUCACACCUGUUUCAGUUUCGAUUAACGCGUUUGCAAGCAGAAAAACCCCUCCAGAGCGUUCCCAGCUCCCCCCCGAGGGCUCCUGGCCGGGCCAAGCGGUGCGUUUUGGGGAGAAACGGGAGCUUUUUCCGCCCGGGUUGGAUUCCAGCAGGGAGCAGGCGCCUGCGGAGCGCGCUCGGGUUGCUGACAAGGGCUUGGCUUUGCUCUGCUGCUGCUCGGUGGUGCUUUGCAGAGCCGGCUGUGCACUGCAGGUUGCAAACUGUGGUUGA